GUUUCGGUUUUCGAACAAAGCUGGUGAAUUUUCCGGAAGUAUCUAGAAGACUGUAUUCAAAUACCUAGACACUGUCUAUUAUUUUUCUAAGUCUUAAUUUAAUUUAACAUAAAUCAUAUUUUUAAUUACUUUCCCAUAAUGCUGUAAACAGAAUUAUGUGUAUUAUUUUGGAGAGCAACAUUUCCGGUUUUCCGAACUUAAUCUCACCCUCCGCCCUAGCCCCUAGCUCCAAACCUCUAAGGCUUAAGCAACACUGAAAACUAAACGCCACCCCCACCCUGCUCCAUGUACUAAAUACUAAUAAUGGCAGUCAUAGUACAAAAUGCUAGUUUUUAUUUUAAUAUACAUUCCUAAUUUCGGGUAAUACAUUAUCGAGGUGUUUUUUGUUACGGCGAUUUACUUGAGUGUUAUUAUAUUUUAUUAAAUUUUAAACAAGGUUUCGUAAAGAAUUUAAAUGUGAAUAUUUUGUGUAAAGCAUAUUAUUUUAUAAAUUAAAAUUACUGUUAUUAAUGUAUUGUUUGUAAUGCUAUAUAAUUUGCUUGUUUAAAUUUAUAGUUAUACUGAUAAUAAUGAGAAUUGUUUGUUAAGUAUUGCAAAGCAAAAUAUAUAUAUAUAUUGUUUUGGGUGUAGUCUUGAACAAUAGCUUCCAAAUGCAUUUUUGGAUAGAUAAACGACAAAGCCAGUGUUAUAGUGGUCGUCAUAGGGUGCCAUCAUCUUUGUCUGCUGGUGGAUUGGGCCGAUCACGCGGCCGUGUUGGCGUGAGUGCGCCGGGAGGGCGCAAGGGUAUGGCGGCGCCUGUUCACCGCUUCGUGCCCGUCGACUGCGCUCCCAGGCGACCGCGAGUACCACGCGCCACUCAGUAUGGCCCUCCACCAAUACCUCAAGUGCACACAUCCAGGCGAACUGAGGAAUCAAUGUAUGUUGAAAUUCCCGUGGAGCCCCCUCAGCCCACCAUUGCCAGUCUGGCGGCGGCUCGCAGCGUCACCCCGGACACCCUGCUCCGUACCGCGGCCCUGGGACUCCAGCACUCCCCCAUGAUGGCACCACAUCUGAAGUUUGGCAUACUGGUGUCUCUCGCUUUGGCCACUAUCUUUAUAGCGGGAGCUAAAUACUACUUCGAUCGACAGAUGAUUCACGAAGCGGGCAGCAGCGAAGCGGGCGUGAUGUGUGCGGCGAUGGCGUGCGUGUGCGGGGCUGGAUGCGCUCUGUCCCUCUGUCGUCCCAGGGCUCCCGUGCCCCCGGCCUUUCCGCCCGACCGCGUCUCCACUACGGGCACACGAGAACGGAUGGCACCCUCUGAGCCCUCGGAAGACAUAUCUCUAGCCACCCUGCUGCAGAACUCGGAAGGAAGCGCCGGGGGCCCCUGCUCCCCCGAGGCGCCGCCGCCCUACCACAUCGCAGUUCUGCUGCCGGGAAGGGAGCAGCCCUCCCCGCCCCCGCCCGCCUACAGCGCUCUCAGCUAGCUGCAUUCUCCCGUCAGCCAGGAGUUUAUCAUAUAGAUCCAGGCUGCGGGACCGUCUUCCGAAGAAAAAUCAUCAGUUUCGGGAACCAUUUAGUUUGAACUAGAGUUGCCAGCUGAUCGACGUGAAGUGGCGAAAUACGUGGAGUCUCCAGGAGUUAUUAAGUAUUUAUUUAUUAUAAUUAUCUAUAGAUUUAUGUAAAAAAAAUCAUAAUUCUGGAAAAGGCGUUCUAAUACUACUCUAUAGGAAGUGCAUAGACGAUGAAAGAAAAGAGAAGAGUUAGAAUAGCGUCAUUCAUAGAAUAAUUUUGUGGUGUUUGCCGAAACCAAAUGAGCUGGCAAUUCUAUUUUAAACCCUUUAAUAUGAAUUGAUACAAUCUCACAUUAUGAUCAUUAUUUUUAACCUAAAAUUUUUGUGAAAUGUCAGUAGAGUGUGAUUAAUUUCCUUAAAGUCCAAUAUGAUACUUCAAAUAUCCAUCAUUACUUCUUAGUAAAAGCCAUACUCAUAGUCGUUAAUUAAGUUAAAAAAAAAUAUUUUAUCAUACAUGCAAUCGGAAAAUCAAAGUCAACCCUGAUGAACAUAAUUUCAUUCAUAUAUUUAGGUAAUUAAUUAUUAACAAUAAGCGAUAGUUGGAAGACUUUUAAGGACAGAUAUUAAAGUCUUUAUUCAUCUGUGAACUCAAUUUAUAUUAAACAUUGAAAUUCGUUCAAUUUGUAAACCUCAGAAUCGUUCAAAAUUGUUUUUAAAUGCGAUAAAUUAACACAAUUAGCAUUGUUGGCCUCACUUCAGCGUGUAACUCUCAUCUCUGAGGUCGUAGGUUUGAGCCUCGAUUGUGCAUGACUUUCUGUGUGCCCAUUUAAUAUUCGCUACAACAGAUACUGAAAUCUGAGGCCCAUACUUUAAGAAGAGUGGUAGUAUCACUGAUUUUAUUUUAAAUUAACGCCAAAGAAAACGGUACUAAUCUCAAAUCAUAAUUUAAGCUUUCGUUAUAUGUACAUACAUUUUUAAUGACGCACAAAAGUACCGACUAAAAGUUUACUUUUAACUAACCGAAGUUAUCUGCUACUCAGUCAGAAACAGUGGUAGAAGUUUAACCACAGAGGGAUGUAUUCCAUUUAACUCGUGGGAGAUGUGAAAGCGUCAAAUGUCAAAUAGAACGGACGUAUACGAACACUUGCAAAAAUGUUUCGAGUCCGGCGUAGUUAAUGCAUUGUAUAUAAGCGAUUUAGAAUGAGGCCGGAAUUGUGUAAGCUAGGAGUUGGGACCUUAGUACAUAUUAGAGAUGCGCCGACUACAACUAACACAGUUAUAUGUAUAUAUCUGUAUUAUAAAAUUUAAAAAAACAAUGUGGUUUGUGUGUAAUUCAAUUUACUGACUUAUUCUGUCAGACUUAGACUGACACGACUAUAUUGUCUAUCUCUCUCUAACGCGUACCGGCUCCACCGGCCGCUCUUACGCUACGCCACCGAUCUCGUCAGGGAGAUGGCAAUACGCAGUAUGCGUUCUGUCCCGCUCUAACGCUUAUUGGCUGCACUUAUUUUUGUUACGGAUUUUCUUGAUUCGGUCGCCCGGCUCAAAGACCGCGAUAAAAUGUAUGCAAUAGAUUAAUAACUUUGAUCAUAUUUGUUAUCUUAAGAAAACUUCAUCAAAUCAUAUAUUGUCGAUAAAAUUAUAUCGUAAAAUAAGAAUUUAAACGAAUUAUUUGGAGUAGUAAAUGAAGUACUCUGCGUAUCUCUAAUGAAUGUUAUGUUAUAUAUGUUAAAACAAUCGGCGCGGGCU